GUCAGCAAAUUUAAUCUGCUACACGUUGCGCGCAUGCAAUGGCUGAAGCUGGUGCAGAAGACGCGACGAACGCAGAAGGGGGCGAAGCCAGUAUACCAUCUCCCACCUCUUCAGAAGGAAAGGAAUUGAGUUAGUUGUAGCGCAGCGUUGGACUCCAAUGGAGCAAGCAUUCUUUCUUAUUCGCUGCACAGAUGACAAGCCGCCGGCAGAGGAGCUACACUUUCGCGUCGUCUGGAAGAAGAAAAUCUUCGAGGUGUCUUUCGGCGCAGAGCAGAAAGUGGCAAAACUCAAAGAACACAUACAGACGCUAACAGGUAUUCCUCCAGCUAUGAUGAAGUUGAUGUAUAAAGGACUACUGAGAGACGAGAAGACGCUGCGAGAGGCGAAGAUAGCUAACGGAGUGAAAAUGAUGGUGGUUGGGUCGACUGUGGACGACGUGCUCACAAUACAGCCACCAGACCCUAAAGAGUUGAAAACAAAAAAGACUGAACACACAGUGAAAAAGGAGGCCCUGAGUGAAAUGAAGGAGCACAAGAGACUCAUAGAGAAGGGAAGACCAGACGACGUACCACCUGGUUUCAGGUUUAGAACGGAACCGCUGCCGCCACAACCACUGUCCGGUAUGCUGAACAAACAUGGUAAUAAAGUUAGGCUACAUUUCAAGACUGCUCAAGAAGAGCUAUGGAUAGGAACCAAAGAGAGGACUGAGAAGAUACCAAUAGCAUCGAUAAGAACAGUAGUGUCAGAACAAAUCAAGGACGAUCCCGACUAUCACAUAAUGGGCCUCCAGCUAGGGCCUACGGAGCUGUCCAGAUACUGGAUCUACUGGGUACCCGCUCAGUACGUUGAGGCAAUCAAGGAGAUGAUCCUAGGGAAAUGGCAGAUAUGACUAAGUAUAGUUCUUUAUCUUUGCUGUGCCGUGUUCUGCUUCCAUCUAUUAUUGCUAAUAGCCAUCUUUUAUCAUCCAACCAUACAAUUAUAUACACCAUGACUCAUGAGCUGCUUUAGGUAUCCAGUGAAUAUUACUGACCCAAGCAUGCGCAACACAUGAACAUAUAUUUUUUGAAAGUCCGAAAGUAAUUCGUGAUCAACACAUUCAGAUGCAUUAAAAACUCAAGUGUGUGUGUUGCAUCUAAAGAAGUUUCUGGUAUUGUCAAAUUUGUGAACUCGGAAAAUAGUCAUCUUGUUUUUUAUACACUGCAUACAUUGACUGGGUGUGUGUACUUAUUAUCAUACAGCAUGUUCUAGUCUCUACUGAGAGACUCGUGAAUGGAAGGGGAUAGUGGGUUGUGAUGAAUAGUACCAUUCUGGUCUAGCCUUAUAUGGGCAUCAUACGCAUUGCUACUCGGCGGUCCGGUUGGAAACGUUUCCAUUGGUAACGCAGCUGUUGCCACGGUUUCAGUGUCGCCAAGCUCAUUCUCCCAGUUUUCUUCCUCAGAGUGUUGCACGUGGGGGUCGUUAGCACCCGCGUCUCCUCCAAUUAUUACCUCUUCUUCCUCGGUCUCCCAGCUGGAAUCGGACCCCGAGGAAUGGGAACCGGACUGGGUAAAGGAGGUGGUCCAAUCACUGAGGGCUGUCGGCAGCGUCAUGGGCCAUUCCUGUUCUGAACUCGAUUCCUCUUCCUCUCCGUACCACCUCACCGACGGGGUUGACGCCGUGGCUUGGUCCGAUUCCGGUUCCACGUGGGGACUGACAGCAGAAUGUUGGGUAGGAGCAGUGGGUGCAGUGGCUCCUGACGACGGGGGCUCUUCGUCGGUUCCACUGCCAUCAGCCUCGUAGCCAGUCUGGUUAUCACUGGCCUCCUCUGUGAGGAGCGGUUCGACUCUCUCUUCAUUAUCACUACAUGUGUGGAGAGAGAGUAAAGUUUGGCUGCCUCUCAAGCACCUAAAUUACAGGUGUGUGUUUUUGAGGUUUUCACAGGUAGCUAUGUGUUGUGCCUACUAACCUUCGGUGUGGUAGAUAUGGAGAGCCUAAAGGUAACUUAAAAAUUCCCAAAAACGUCUCGAAAAUUUUGGGGGUUGUAAUGUAAAAUUGUACUCAAUACUAGAGCACUUGCCUCUCGGCACCGGACUCUUCAUCAGUUGAUUCAUGUUCUUCUUCCUCC